GAUUCAAUACGCGUAAUGCCGCCCAAUCCUGGAAUCCCCGGAGCCAAAUCAGCCAAUCCCUUCACACAUGCAUGCAUAUAUAUAAAACAAGACCCACGUUUCAAAGUCGGAUUAUUCCAGAGUCCAGACACUUCCUCUGAAGCCAUGGCCUCCUGCACUUCCAGAGCUCCUAGUAGCAACUCUACUCUCUUGCCUUUUUUACUGGUUUUCGUAUUGGGUUUGGCUUGUCGGAGCUGUAACGGGUUUGGGACGUUCGGGAUUCCUUUCCACCACCGGUCCUCGGAUCCCGUCACCGGAAUUCUCGGCUAUGAUGAGCUCCCGCAAAAGGGGAGUCCUGAAUAUUACACUGCCAUGACUCACCGGGACCGGUUGAUCCGAGGCCGCCACCUCGGCGAAACGACGCCGCUUACUUUCGUUUACGGCAACGAUACUUACCGGAUUGCCGCUUUUGGACACUUGCAUUAUGCGAAUGUUUCUGUUGGGACUCCAAGGACUUCGUAUCUUGUGGCUUUGGAUACUGGCAGUGAUUUAUUGUGGUUGCCCUGUGAUUGUAUCAGUUGUGUGAAGGGAGUUAAUACAUCCGAUGGAGAGGUGGUGGAUUUUGACAUCUACAGCCCUAAUAAAUCAACAACAAGCAAAAAGGUUCCUUGCAACAGCACAUAUUGCGAACAACAACAGCUGUGCUCUUCACCAAGUAGUGAUUGUCCUUAUUUUAUUAACUAUCUUUCUCCUAGCACUUCAUCUUCUGGAAUCGUAGUAGAGGACGUUUUGCACUUGACUACUGAUGAUGCUAAACUAAAAGGUGUCGAGGCGCCGAUAGCCUUUGGGUGUGGUAGGUAUCAGACUGGUAUAUUUUUAAGUGGGGCAGCUCCCAAUGGUUUAUUAGGGCUUGGUAUGGAUGGUGUAUCCAUUCCUAGCAUGUUAGCAAAACAGGGGCUUGCUUCAGAUUCUUUUUCCAUGUGUUUUGGAAUUGAUGGAGGUGGGAGAAUUAGAUUUGGUGAUAAUGGAAGUGUAGGCCAACCAGAAACACCAUUCUAUGUCAGAGAUAUCCAUCCAACUUACAACAUUACGGUUACUCAAAUAGCCGUUGGAAAAAGUGUUGCUGAUCUUGAAUUCUAUGCAAUUUGGGACUCUGGUACCUCAUUUACGUACCUAAAUGAUCCAGCUUACACCCAGAUUUCCAAGAGUUUCAACAGCGCCAUCAAAGAUAAGCGGGUGACAGAUAAUUCUGAUCUUCCUUUUGAAUAUUGUUAUACAGUCAGUCCAAAUCAAACGUUGAAUUUGACAAUGAAAGGCGGAAAGCAUUAUAAUGUUAUUGAUCCACUUGUAGUUUUUUCUGAUGGGGAAGGAAAUAUACUGCUCUAUUGUCUGGGCGUUGUCAAAAGUGAAGAUGUAAAUAUCAUUGGACAAAACUUCAUGACCGGUUACCGUAUAAUCUUUGAUCGCGAGAAGAUGGUACUGGGUUGGACAGAGUCAGAUUGUUACAAUGAUGAGGAAACCUCAACUGUUCCCAUCAGUCCAUCCGAAUCUCCCUCCUCAUCCAAAUGUCCGGCCGCAUCCCCAACUUGAAAGAGUUUUAUUUAUGUUGGUUUUUUGUUUUCUUUUCAUUCGAAUAAUUGUAGAAGUUCUAUUCUACAAGGAGUUGGUUUGUAUUGACUAAUUCUCUAGGAGAAUCCCUUGAGUCUCGGAGUUGUUAGACAUGGGAUUAGUCGUUGCUAUUUUCUGCUAUGUUUGUUGUUGUACUUGCUAUUUAAGCAAUCCCCCCGUCAAUAAAAUCAGUACUUUGAAUUCAACAA